AUGCAAGACGCUGAGAUUGUCUAUACGUGGGAGAUGGACUUCAAUCAAAGUAAACUCUGGGCCUCAACUUUGCUUGUGCCCAAGAUACCCACGCCCACUCCAUCUUCCACAACCGCCAUGCCUUUGUGGGCUUAUAACUCUUGGGUGUGCCUCUUCACAGCUAUGCUAGCUGUUGCUAUUGGAGGGAACGCAAUAGUUAUUUGGAUAGUGACAGAAACGAGGAAACAAAAAAAGGAACUAUACGCCAACAAGAUGCGUGAGGAGUCGACUAGGCAUUUUCGUGAGUUUUGCGAAUUCCAAACUAAGGAAAAUGUCUGGUCACUCACGAACAGACUUCUCAAAAAUGCCACCCCUAGGCGCCCACCAGUCACACUCAAUAGGGGCUCCACCUACACCACAGACAGCCAGGAGACUGCCAAAGCACUUCUUGACCACUUCUACCCAGAUGACUCACCAGACACCUUAACGCGACAUCACGAGCUCAGAUCAGAAAUGACUGACCUUCCUCAGUUCCACGAUGAUCCUCCCUUCACCCAGGAGGAGGUGUUAGAGUGCUUAAAACAAAUGAGCCCCAAGAAGGCUCCCGGCCUUGAUAACUUCACAUCCGACAUAUGUCAGGAUUUUGCAACAGAUUACCCUAGACUCCUGACAGAUAUACUGAACCGUUGUCUUACACUCCAACACUUCCCUGCCCAGUGGAAAACAGCAUACGUAAAAAUUAUCCCGAAACCGGGCAAGUCCGACUACAGCGCAUUAGAGUCCUUUCGUCCAAUAGGACUUCUACCUGUGUUUGGCAAACUGUUGGAAAAGCUUUUUAUCAAAAGGGUCGUAUAUCACGCGCAGCGAAACAAUCGACUAAACAAAUUUCAGUUCGGUUUCCGGGAACAAACAAACACGUGCGAAGCCAUUCACACAGCUCUUAAAAUAAUUAAAUUAGCCAAAUCAGAAAAACACCUCAGCAUCGCGAUAUCUCUAGAUAUUAAAGCAGCCUUCGACAACGCUUGGCGGCCUGCACUCUUCCACCGGUUGCGGCAUAUUCAAUGCCCUAAUAACAUCUUUGGACUCAUCCAGGAUUAUGUCCGCGAUCGGAAGGUCAUCCUUGACCAUGCGGGGAGGCGAGUCACCAAGACGAUGUCUAAGGGCUGCAUACAAGGUUCCACGUGUGGGCCUGUUCUCUGGAAUAUCAUACUAGACGAGCUGCUCGAUGGGAGGCUUCCAGCGGGCUGUCACAUACAGGCUUUUGCGGAUGAUGUCUUGCUGGUUGUCACGGCCGCGAGUGUCGGCGAGCUGGAGAGUGCUGCCAGCUUAGUUCUCCACCAUAUAGUCGAGUGGGGAAGGAGCGUCAAGCUGACCUUCGGUCCCACUAAAACUAAGCUCAUUGCCUUCACUCCCAAGGCUAAGGUAGCCAGCAUUAACAUGGACGGACACCGUCUUUCCUUUGUGCCAGAGGUUAAACUGUUGGGAGUCAUCUUAGACGAAAAACUAAACUUUGGGAAACACGUGAAACAGGUUAUCAACAAGGCCGUGCGAAUCUUCAACACACUUUGUAUGUACUCGAGACCCACAUGGGGAGCCCAUCCUGAGAACAUCAGUACCAUUUACCACCAAGUGAUCGUGCCAACUAUCACCUACGCUGCUGGAAUUUGGGGACACGUUGCCCAGAAAAGGUAUCAAGCUAUCGUCAGACCAAUGAGACCAAGGAUGUCUAAAUCAUGCUCUUUGAUAAUGAUUGCUGGAAUAUGGAUUAGUGGUAUGCUUCUAGCGAUACCAUGUUUACUUUAUUCAACAACGAAAGAAUACAGGUCAAAAGGCACUUUAAAAACCGCUUGUUUGUUGUCCUGGCCAGAUGGAUUACCUGAUGUUUCUUAUAUGGACUUUGUGUAUCAAGUGGUAUUCUUCGUGAUAACGUACGCCGUACCGAUGCUUGGAAUGAUAUUUUUUUAUUCGGCGAUGGGACGUGUUUUAUGGGGGUCACGUUCCAUAGGGGAACUCACUCAACGUCAAGUUGAUUCUAUACGCUCAAAGCGAAAGGUUGUGAAAAUGUUUAUUUUGGUGAUAGUUAUAUUCGGUAUCUGUUGGUUGCCGUAUCAUUCCUACUUCAUCUACACUCACUUCAACCCUUCCAUAUUGUACAUGAAGUACGUUCAGCAUGUGUAUCUCGGCUUUUACUGGUUAGCGAUGGCGAAUGCUAUGGUUAACCCUAUAAUCUAUUACUGGAUGAAUGCUAAAUUCAGAACAUACUUCCGCACGGCAAUUUUGUGCCGGUGGCGAGACUCGUGCUGCCGCCGCCAACGUCGGCCUCCCGAAUCCCCGCCGGACUGUAUAUCGCAGUCUGGUAGUCGAUCCAGAUCAGGCAUAGAGGAACGCAAAGAAUUAAGAGGAAAUGCAGCGGGCGAAUGGCCGCGGUUGUUGUGCCGAGAACCCCCUGCCCCGCGAUUGCAGAGGCAGAAUUUGCUUGCUAGCUGCCCUCGAUGUCCUCAUCGCACCCAUUAUGACGCUUACAUUCACGGUCGAAAAGCUUAA